AUGCUAUGCAUUUCACGUGCUCGACACGCACGACGCUUGCGCUCCGCGUCGGGCUCUCUCCGCCGCUCGGUCGGUGCGUCGAGGCCCACCCGGUGCCAACGUCCCGAAGGAAUGCUACCUGUUGGAACUAGGGUUGGGUCGUCCGGUCCGCCUCACGGUGAGCACCGGUCUGCUCGUCCCUACUGCCGGCGAUGCGCUCCUGGACUUAAUUGCCCGGGUCGUUCCUCCGGCGCUGUUACUUUGAAGAAAUUAGAUUCUUGGAUUUAUGAAAGACGAACAACUGCGAAAGCAUUUGCCAAGGAUGUUUUCAUUAAUCAAGAACGAAAGUUGGGGGCUCGAAGACGAUCAGAUACCGUCCUAGUCUCAACCAUAAACGAUGCCGACCAGGGAUCGGCGGAUGUUACUUUUAGGACUCCGCCGGCACCUUAUGAGAAAUCAAAGUCUUUGGGUUCCGGGGGGAGUAUGGUCGCAAGGCUGAAACUUAAAGGAAUUGACGGAAGGGCACCACCAGGAGUGGAGCCUGCGGCUUAA